UUAAAAUAUUGGAAGAGGCGAAUUGGGUUGACGGUGUGUCGCCGCAAGGCCUCAAGGAGAGAGAGAGAGAGAGGGAGAGAGCACGAAGCAGCAGCGAGGAAGCGAGUGAGGGAGAGUGAGAGAGGAAAUGGGUUGGGUUGCAGACGGCGUGGAAUCCAUCCGAUCUUUGCAGAUCAGGCAGGUCCUCAACCAGAUCGUUAGCCUCGGUAUGAUUGUGACGUCGGCCCUCAUCAUAUGGAAAGGCUUGAUGUGUGUCACUGGAAGCGAGUCUCCCGUUGUGGUCGUUCUCUCAGGAAGCAUGGAACCAGGAUUCAAGAGGGGUGACAUUCUAUUCCUCCACAUGAGUAAGGAUCCCAUUAGAGCUGGGGAAAUUGUUGUAUUCAAUGUUGAUGGACGGGAAAUUCCAAUUGUUCAUCGUGUAAUUAAGGUCCACGAGAGAGAGGACAGUGGAGAAAUUGAUAUUCUGACUAAAGGGGAUAAUAACUUUGGUGAUGAUAGACUUCUCUAUGCUCAUGGACAGCUUUGGCUCCAGCAACAUCACAUUAUGGGUCGAGCUGUAGGGUUUUUACCCUACGUUGGUUGGGUGACAAUCAUCAUGACUGAAAAGCCAAUAAUUAAGUACUUGCUGAUUGGCGCACUGGGAUUGCUGGUCAUAACCUCCAAGGAGUAGAGUAGGGUUGCCAAUCUCUUUAAAAUAUUUCACUUGAGAUUUGUCCAAGGCAGGUUCAUGUGUCGAGAAAAUGUUAGCAAUUAGCCUUUUGUUGUUACCCUAAUGAAAUGUGCUGAAUUUUAAUCUUCAUCAGUCAUUUUGAAAUGCUAAUUCAUAAUAUAAUGUUUGCAAUUUGUUUGA